AUCGAAAAUUAUUUCUUUUUCACGUGUGGUUUUCACACGAUAGUCAUCAUCAUGUCUUUGUCGUCAUGUAGUCGCUUUCUGCGGCCCUCUCUGGCCCGAUUGGCCAGGUUGAGACCUGUGUUAAGGUUGCAGGGACGGCCUACUAUACGGAGAUUUAGUAGCAUUCAUCAGAAAGGCGGGUAUGAUAACCAGGAGAAUUUAUUCCUUGCUCUCGGCGUAGGCUUGCUUGGAGGCACGCUUGUCUGGGGUAUUUACAGUGGAGUCCUCUCUGUUGGUAUAAAGAAGAGUACUGCCACUGAUGAGAAUAAGGCAGGAAAAGCUGCUGAAGACUCUCCUGCUGUAGCUGAGACUACAGAUAAGGCUGUAACAGAGGAGGAGCCUGCUGCUGAGGGGGCGGUAGCGGAUGAGCCAGUCAUCCCGACCCUCCCUGCCAUCCCAGAGAGUGUACCUUACAUUCUUGUUGGCGGAGGAACAGCAUCAUUCGCAGCAUACAGAGCCAUUAGAAAGGCUGAUCCCACUGCUAAGGUGUUGAUCAUAGGAGAUGAAGAAUAUGUUCCAUACAUGAGGCCCCCUCUAUCCAAGGAGUUAUGGUACAGCGAAGACGACGAGGCAGUUGCAAACUUGAGAUUCAAGCAAUGGAAUGGGAAAGAAAGGAGCAUUCUGUUUGAGCCAGAUACCUUCUACUGCUCACCUCAAGAACUUCCAAACAAAGAGGAGGGUGCUGUAGCAUUUUUGAAGGGCCGAAAGGUUGUGUCAGUGAAUCCAAAAGAUAAGAAAAUUCAACUUGAGGAUGGAACCCUUGUUGGCUAUGAUAAGUUGCUAUUAGCAACAGGAGGUGCACCGAAGAGUCUGCCCAUUUUUGAGAAGUCAUCGAAUAAUAUUAAGAAGAAAGUCACCCUCUUCCGCAAGGUUGAGGACUUCCAAUUACUAGAUAAGAUCACUAAAGGGGCCAAGUCUAUCGUCAUCAUUGGUGGAGGUUUUCUUGGUAGUGAAUUGGCAUGCGCACUUGGACACAAAGCCAAAAAAGAGGGACUAGAAGUUACUCAACUUUUUCCUGAAACUGGAAACAUGGGUAAAGUUCUACCAACAUAUCUUAGUGAUUGGACUACAGAGAGGGUCCGACAAGAGGGAGUUAAGGUUGUACCAGGUGUCUCUGUUGAAAAUGUAUCACUGAAGAAGAACCAAUUGGCACUUGGUCUAAGCAAUGGAGAAAAGGUGAAUGCAGACCAUGUGAUAGUGGCGGUAGGCCUGAAACCUAAUGUUGAGCUUGCCGACUCAGCUGGUCUAGAGGUUGACCCUGUUCUAGGUGGAUUCCAUGUGAACUCAGAACUAGAGGCCAGGUCCAAUAUUUGGGUGGCUGGUGAUGCAGCAUGCUUCUAUGACCCGAAGCUUGGUCGUCGACGAGUAGAGCACCACGAUCACGCGGUGGUCAGCGGUCGACUUGCGGGUGAAAAUAUGACAGGCGCGGGAAAACCAUACUGGCAUCAGUCGAUGUUCUGGAGUGACUUGGGACCCGAUGUGGGCUAUGAGGCUAUCGGGCUGGUAGAUUCCAGUCUCCCCACGGUCGGAGUAUGGGCGAAAGCGACAAAAGAGGACACGCCCAAAGCAGUGGUAGAAGCUACUGGAGAGGGGAUGCGCUCAGAGACGGAGCAGGUGGCGGAGGCUAUGACGUUGAGUAAUCCUUCUAUCAAGAUCGAAGAAAUCACCAUCCCAGCCGCGCCUUCACCCCCGCCCGUACAGGAGGAGGAGGAGAGUUUCGGCAAAGGCGUGGUGUUCUACAUGAAGGACAAACGCGUGGUGGGCGUGGUCAUGUGGAAUGUCUUUAACAGGAUGCCCAUCGCACGGAAGGUCAUUAAAGAGGGCAAAGAAUGGGAAGAUCUUGGUGAGCUCUCUAAGCUCUUCAACAUUCACGGCAAGGAGUGAUAUCACGGUAUUACAGAUGAUAGUUUGAUUAAUACAAGCGGACACAGGUCCUCGAUAAAGACAUUAGAAGAAUUAGCAUAUACGGCCAAGACAAAAAGCACUCACAGAUAUCAAAAGGUUUUUAUUGCGAAAUCGUCACAACGUGGUCUUUAAUGGAAAAUCACUAGAACAUUGGGCGAUUCCUUGUGAUCCAUUUGUCUGGACAUCAAUGUUAUAGAUGACUUUUUCGAGUGGAGUUGUGUUUUGUGAUCAUUAUUGUAUAAUACGAAGAUAACUUAUGUCAAAUACUUGUAAUUUAGCUAAACUGUAAAAUCCAAGUUGGUGCUUUUUUUGUAAAUGAAAUUGGAAGUUGGUUAAUAAAAUAGAAUUCACUUUUGAAAAGAA